GGUGUGCAACACCGCACUGCAAGCACAACAACACGCCGCUGGUUUGGUGACUAACUCCUGAAAAAGAACAUUUGGAGAUUUUCCCGAAAGAAUGUGGCGGAUUUUGCUGUAAGCGCACACGCACGUCCCAACCCAGCUUUCUGCACACUUCAAGGAAGGCGCGCAGAUCUCGGACGUGCGGGAAAACCAUGAGCCAACCGGCCAGCCCGUCACCUUCCAGCUGGUUCAAAUCUCUACGAAGGACCAGGCUAGGCGAGCCAUGCUUGAAGACUUACCCUGUGGAGUACGAGGACCUGCUCAAGAGAGCCCGGGUGUCCUUCCAGGCCAGGCGCAGCAUCAAGGAGAACUUUCGGCUGGCCCAGCUGGAGGCUGUGGUGCGAAUGCUGGAGGAGCACGAGUGCGACUUUGUGGAUGUGCUCAGCAGGGAUCUUCGCAAGCCACGAUUUGAGACGAUCGUGUCAGAAUUGAUCGUGGUCAAAAAUGAGGCCCAGUAUGCAAUCAGCAACUUCAGGAAAUGGAUGCAGCCGCAGCAGGUGGAAAGAAACCUGUCCACCACCCUGGACGAGUGUCUGACGGUCAACGAGCCCUUGGGGGUCGUGUUUAUCAUCGGGGCCUGGUGCAGUCCGGUCCAAAUGUGCCUGGUGCCGCUGGUGGGAGCCAUCGCAGCAGGUAACUGCGCCAUCAUCAGCCCUGCUGUGUGCACGGCUCACACGGCAGCACUUCUUCAUCGUCUCAUCCCGUCCUACUUGGACAACGAAUGCUUCCACGUAAUUCUUGCAGGCAUCAAUGACUUGGCUGACAUCGUGGAACUAAAAUUUGAUCAUGUUUUCUUUUCUGGAACCAGAGAUGAAGGAAUUCGCAUUUCUCAAGCUGCGGCUCAGUGUCUGACAUCCGUCACCCUUGUCCUUGGUGGGAAGAAUCCGUGUUACGUCGACCAGAACUGCGACGUUACCACCACAGCCCAACGCAUCGCCUGGGCCCGCUUUCGCAAUUCGGGCCAGAGCUUGGUGGCCCCUGACUACAUCUUGUGCCAUUCACAUGUGAAGACCCGCCUGGUCCAGGCUCUGAAAUGCUGCCUGAUGCGGUUCUACGGUUCGGAUCCCAGAGAAUCCAGCAGCUUCGGCCGCAUGGUGAAUCUGGAGAUAUUUAACCGCACCAAAGACUUGUUGUGGAGAUCCGGCAAGGUGUUCUUGGGUGGACAGGUGACCGAGGCGGAGAAGUACAUUGCCCCAACCAUUUUGACAGAGGUGGACGAGUCAGACCCCAUCAUGCAACAUGAUAUUUUUGGUCCAGUUCUUCCAGUUCUCACUGUAAACAACGUGGAUGAGACGAUUGCCUUCAUCAACAAACAAGAGAAACCCCUCUGUGUGUACGUGUAUUCCAACAACAGCAAGGUGAUUUCAAGAGUCAUGAGUGAAACGACAAGCGGAAGUUUUUGCUCCAAUGACUGCGCCCUGCAGAGUCUGAUGGUGACUUUGCCUUUCGGGGGAGUCGGAGGGAGCGGAACCGGUUCCUACCACGGGCGCGCCACCUUCGACGCAUUCUCUCACAGGAAGUCCUGCCUGCUAAGAAGCACGCGCUUGGAGUGCGUCACCUCCGUGCGCUAUCCGCCUUACGACGAGCGCAAUCUGUCUCUCAUGACGUGGGCCAGCAGUCUGUCCUGGAGGGGCCAGGGCUGGUGCCAAAUCCUCUGACUUCUCUGGAACUGGAGACCUCAUUGUAAUGUAAAAAUCAUAAAAAUAAGCACAACAUCCAGAGAGGGAGGCGGCACAUCGAUUGAAAUGAGAAAGUUGCUGUCAGUCACUGAGUUCCAUAAUGCAGAGAGGAUGAAUAUCAAUACCUAAAUAAGCGUAGUGUUGUAAGUGGAAGUCGAUUUUUGAAAAAUUGUAUAUUCCCACUGAAAGGUUUAUAUAUAUAUAUAUAUAUAUAUUAAAUAAAAUGCACUGAUACGA